CGCCCGACAACGGUUGGUUCGGAUGCCUUCCUAGCAUCUGGCGAACGGGCCGUGAGUGGGGAGCAAGGUGAAUGCAGCUACGCAAACGGAAUCUGUCAGAAAGUCUGAUUUUUCAAGUACUUGAUAGAGGUCAACCACCAGGGAGUGUGAGGCAUAGACGAUCCCCCGGUAGCCAUGUGGUUUUGUUCCCGAUCCUCGUACUUCGACACUGACCCCCCUUCGACCUGUCAUACUCGACGAACAACUUAUAUUCGAUGGAGCCCACCUUGAUUGAGGGAGGGUCUCAUCCAUCGCAAUGUCUACCGACGAGUUAGCCACGCUGUUUGCCCAGCCGGCCCUUGCGGCCCCAGAAGGCGUCACCCCUAACUUUGAUAAUCCUCCGAACCACAACAGCUUGGCUUGGGGCAUCAUUACGGUUUGCACCGUCGUUGCGACCCUGUGUAUGUGCUUGCGCAUCUACGUGCGGGUCUGGCUGGAUCGUUCCAUUCGUCUCGAGGAUGUUUUAAUGAUCGGUGCCUUUGGUUCCUACUGGGGUACUGCCUAUGCUGGUUACGAGAUGAUCCAGACACCGGGCUAUUUCGUCCACCAAUGGAAUCUUCACAUGGGCGAUCUUGUCAGACCCCUCUAUCUGAUUUUGAUCUACGGCUGCUGCUAUUCAGCCGUCCUUCCUCUGAUCAAGACUGCCAUUCUCCUCGAUUGGUGUCGGAUCUUCGUGCCGGUCGAUGGCGCCAAGACCCCUUUCUGGUGGGCAUGCAUGGCAGUUUCCGCACUGCAGUGCCUGUGGGGCUUGCUGUGCGUGAUCUUGCUGAAUGCACAGUGUCGCCCGCAUCGAGCAAUCUGGGAGUUCUACCUCCCCAGCAAAUGCUAUUCGUUGCCGGACGUGAUGCUUUGCUCAGCUGCUGUGCAGGUCUUCUCUGACAUCACCAUGUUCUUGCUUCCGCAACGAAUGAUCUGGGGCCUGCAGAUGAGCUGGCAGAAGAAGAUGGGCAUCUCUGUAAUCUUUGGUGCUGGUAUUCUCGCAUCUAUCGCGGCCUGCUUCCGCCUGGCCCAUACUGUCUCUUUCGCCAAAACGGCCGACCAAAUGUACAUGAUCGCGCCGCUGCUCUUCUGGGCUUUUGCCGAGAUGGCCUGCGGUUUUUUCAUCUUCAGUAUGCCCUGCCUCUCGAAGCUACUCAUGGACAGUGGCCUCCGCCGCAAGCUCAAGAUCAGCGACUACUGGCGCAGCCGCACCCGGUCGACGAUCCAGAACCCGCAGUUCCGUCCCGCGGGCGCGGGCCAGCAGGUCGCGAAGGCGUGGCGCACGUCCGAGAGCUCCUAUUCUCGCCUCGAGGAGGGCGAGAUCGCUCUGACCAGUCCGGUCAAGGACCACCAUAACAGUAUUCAGGUUCUGCAGCGGACGGAUGUCACGGUGACGAGCACGCCGAGCCCCUCGUCGGAGACGGCGCUGGCGAACAGCCUGGAAAAGUGGAAGCGUUCGCAGGCGUGAGAGCGAGGUAUUUGGCUGACGGCUUGCUCAUUCUCUUCGAUGAGACAUGUCUGCCGCUCGCUUCACCAGGGAAUGAUCGUCAAUAGUGGAACUGGAUCGGCGAUCUGGUGAUGGGCGAAAAGUUAAGUAUGUGCUUUUGUAAAUCCUUCUAUCUGGAAGAUCUACCAGACCAAAAACUUUUCCUUUUUUUCUUCGGGACUACCGUCUUCAUCCCAGUUUCUCUUCACUGCUUGCCGGUCGAUGCCCUCACGGCGGCGAGCUAUUUCGGUUGCACUUUAUGACAUGUAAUCUAUCGAUAUAGGCAAAAACCAAAGAAAUAUAAUACUCCC